AUGCAUCGAAGUAAACCGAGUGAAGUUUUCAUUUUUGUGAGAUUUGCAUCUGCUGAAGAAACUGAUAGUAAUUUAGAAAUGUCCAGGAUGUAUUACGAUCUUUACAUACUAUUUGCAUUUAUCGGUUUCAUCGUCGGUUCAUUUGUUCUCUUCUUCACUAUAAACGUUUCCAAAGCUCGUCUUGGGGUUCGACAUGAUACAAAUGUAUACGUAAUUGAUCUACCACCUCAUUACACAGAUGUCGUACCUCCACCAUACGACUGGGCUCUUCAACAACAUUACUCUUCUGAUCGACAUGUCAAAAUGUUUGCAUCAUUCACUAAUGAUAUGUGUCAAUAG